GGCCAUGCUCGCCGAACAGGAGGCGGGCGACGAGGCGGCAGAGGGGGACGAGGACGAGGAGGAGGACGCGGGUUCGGCGAGCGCCAAGGAGGAGGAGGAGGAGGACGAGGACGAGGAGCGAGAAGGGGUCGAGGGCGACGCCGACGACGAGAUCUCGACCGAGCCUUCCGACAGGCAGAUCCAGCACCUUCGGCCGCCGUUCCUCCUGCGCGCGACGCUGCGCCCGUACCAGCAGGCCGGCCUCGAGUGGCUCGCGAGCCUCUACACCGGCGGCGUCAACGGCAUCCUCGCCGACGAGAUGGGCCUCGGCAAGACGAUCCAGACGAUCGCGCUCCUCGCCCACCUCGCGUGCGACAAGGGCCAGUGGGGCCCGCACCUCGUCGUCGUGCCGACGAGCGUCAUGCUCAACUGGGAGAUGGAGUUCCGCAAGUUCUUCCCGGGCUUCAAGCUCCUCACCUACUACGGCACCCAGAAGGAGCGCAAGAAGAAGCGCGAGGGCUGGAGCGCCGAGAACGCGUUCAACGUCUGCAUCACGUCGUACCAGCUCGUCCUCGCCGACCAGCACAUCUUCCGCCGCAAGCCGUGGCACUACCUCAUCCUCGACGAGGCGCACCACAUCAAGAACUUUCGCUCGCAACGGUGGCAGACGCUCCUCGGCUUCAACGCUCGCCACCGCCUCCUCCUCACGGGCACGCCCCUCCAGAACAACCUCAUGGAACUUUGGUCGCUCCUCUACUUCCUCAUGCCGCACGGCCUCAUCACGGACGGCUCGGGCCCGUUCGCCGAGCACGCCGACUUCCAGGCGUGGUUCUCGAACCCGAUGGAGAAGGCCAUCGAGAACGGCGAGGUCAUGGACGCCGAGAUGCAGGCGACGGUCAACAAGCUGCACACGAUCCUGCGCCCGUACCUCCUCCGUCGCCUCAAGGCCGAGGUCGAGAAGCAGAUGCCGGGCAAGACCGAGUCGGUCAUCUACUGCCGCCUGUCCAAGCGGCAGCGGUUCCUGUACGACGACUUCAUGGCGCGCGCGCAAACGCGCGAGACGCUCGCGUCGGGCCACUUCCUCAGCAUCAUCAACUGCCUCAUGCAGCUGCGCAAGGUGUGCAACCACCCGGACCUGUUCGAGACGCGGCCCGUCGUCACGUCCUUCUCGAUGCACCGGUCGGUCGUCACCGGCUUCGAGCCGUCCGAGCUCCUCGUCCGCAAGCGCCUGCUCGACGAGGCGCCCAUCGCCAAGAUGGACUGGUCGACGCUCACGCUCGUCAAGCCCGAGCAAGAGGAGUCGACGUCGUCGAUGGCGGGCCAGCUCCGCACGCGCCUCGACGCCUCGGGCUCGUUCCCGGCCCUGUACCAGCCGCCGGCCGGCCUCGACCUGUCCGUCGAGCCGCCUCGCGACGUCAACUCGAUCGCCUGCUGGCGCCGGCACCACGCGUGGCAGCAGCACCGCGCGACCAUCUCGCGCCUCGACCGCCUCGCCGCCGUCAACCACCGCCGCAUCCGCGCCUCGACGCCCUACUUCGGCUCGACCCUCCUCCGGUUCCUCCGCCAGCCGUCGCGCGAGCUGGCCCUCUUCCCCUCGGACGUCGACCGCCCCGAGCGCGAGCUCUUGUCGACGCCGUCCCUCCUCCCCUCCCUCGUCCGGUCGAACGAGCAGCGCGCCGAGCAGCUCGCCGACACGAUCUCGCUGUACGGCUUCGCGACGCCCAACGUGCGCGCCCACGACAUGGCGCAGCACGCCCUGCCCGGCAUGACCCAGGACGACAUCGACGACAUCGAGGAGGUCGCGCCUGCCGAGCUCCUCCACCUCCCCGCCACCAAGCUCACGGUCGCCUUCCCCGACCGUUCGCUCCUCCAGUACGACUGCGGCAAGCUCCAGAAGCUCGACGAGCUCCUGCGCGAGUGUCGCGCCGGCGGCCACCGCGUCCUCAUCUUCACCCAGAUGACCAAGGUCCUCGACAUCCUCGAGGAGUUCCUGUCGUACCAGGGUCACCGGUACCUGCGCCUCGACGGCUCGACCAAGAUCGAGCAGCGCCAGAUCAUCACCGAGCGCUUCAACUCGAACGACAAGAUCCUCGCCUUCAUCUCGUCGACGCGCGCCGGCGGCCUUGGCAUCAACCUUCAGGGCGCCGACACCGUCAUCUUCUACGACUCGGACUGGAACCCGGCACUCGACCGUCAGUGCCAGGACCGCGCUCACCGCAUCGGCCAAACGCGCGAGGUCCGCAUCUGGCGCUUCGUCACCGAGCACUCGAUCGAGGAGAACAUGCUCAAGAAGGCGAACCAGAAGCGCAAGCUCGACCAGAUGGUCAUCGCCGACGGCGAGUUCACGACCGACCACCUGCAAAAGCUCGACUGGCGCGACUACCUCGACGAUGGGCAGCUCGCCGAGCUCGGCGUCGACGCGGCGACCAACGACGCCCAGAAGGCCGAGCAGAUCCCGACCCAGUCCGAGGCCGAGAUCCGCCGUGCGCUCGCCGCCGCCGAGGACGAGGAGGACGCAGCUGCAGCCAAGGCUGCCGUCGCCGAGAUCGAGAUGGACCGCGACGACUUCGGCGCCGAGGAUAAGCAGGCGUCGGGUGCCGCAGCGAGCUUCACCAAGGACGGCCUCGUGCAGACGGCCGGCGCGGGACAGAAGGAGGCCGAGGAGGAUCCGCUCGCCGGCACCGCCGACGGGUGGAUGAUCCGCUGGGUCGACGAGGACUGGGACGAGUACUUUGGCUGGCUCUGAGCCUGUGUCCCUCUCUCCGUCACAGUAUCUCUGCCCUCCCUACCUCCCCUCUCUCGCCCUCCUUCCUCUACACCUCGUCGCGUCGUCGCCUUCUCUCCCCCUCCUUCUCUCUCGUCCCUCCCCUCCUUGUCGAUGUUCUCUCUCCUCUCCCCUCUACCUUUGUCUCUCGCGUGUCUCCCUCUCUCGCUCUGUGCCUCGUGGUGUGUGUUGUAGCUCUCUGUCGCAUGCACGCAUCUCUCGUUCCCUCUC